AUGAUUUAAGAAUUAAGAUUUAAUUACCCAAUAAUUUAAAUAAUUGAAAUGAAGGCAAUGUGUCCAUUACUGAGACGUGAUAGUUUUAAUGAAGAAGAGCAGCUAUAUUAACACAGUGAGUGUGAUUAAGUUGAAUUUUAGCUAACCGAUCACUGGUGUUAAGCUGAGGCUGACACCGAUCCUAAUAUAUUAGCAAACAAAAGUCCCUCUAUAAAAAAGAAAAAACAAGGCCGAUACAAGAAUGUGCCCUAUACCUUUGGUAGACAUUUUAGAAAUUGGAUUGAAAGCGAAGUAGGAUCCAUACAAUGUCCAGUGGUUUAAAAAUUCAUCUCUAAACGUAAAUCAAAUCCUAGGUAUCAUGACAGUUUCAAGGAUUUUAAUGAUCUCUUCCAACACUCAGGUAUGGGUAGAUAACUAGGUUAACUUUUCUUUGGAUAGAAGAAAUGGAUUUAAUAUCUCUUAAAUAAUGAAAGAGUUGAUGGUUUUUAAAUCUAUUUAGAAGUAGAAAGAUCAUACUAUGAAGCUGCUACAAAUGGAACUAAAAUCACUGAACAAAAGGUGAGAAAUAUUUGA